AUGUACACACGGACUCUGCCGGCCGGUCGUGGCGUCGGGCCCGGCUCCGCUGCCGGCGCCGGAGUCGGCUACGCGGCGGCGUACGCCUGCGGCGCGCCGGGACUCGGCGCUCCCCGAGCCCGCCUCGCGGCCACACUCUCGGGCCCGCCCUACACCGGCUCGAGCUGCGUCGCGGUCGCUCAGGCGACGGGCUAUCCGGCCGCGUCGGUGGGUGUCGCGACGUCAGCCGCGUCGGCGGUCGGGCGCUGCGCCAAUCGCCAGUCGGCUCUGGCCUCGAGUCCCGCCUCGACGACGUGCGUGGCGCCCAGCCUCUCGGCCUCCUCCUCCUCCUUCGUCUACUCCUCUUCGUCCGCCUCGUCGCCGUCGCGACCUCGGUCCGGCCCCCGUCUGCCACGGCGCGCCGCCAUCGCCGCCGUCGACGAGCCACAAACGGACCGAGCUGCUGAUCUACACACCCACUCGACCCACCACAACCACCACAAUUCGCAUCAGUGUCAGCAACAGCAGCAGCAGCAUCAUCGGUAUCAUGCACAGAACCCUUCAGCGUUGGGCACGACGCAAAAGUCAGCCAGUUUCGAGACGCAAUCGGGCCAGAAGCUGAGUGCUGCCUCGUCUCGCUCCGGCAUUGGCGGCAGAUCCAAAAGCUCAGCCUAG